AUGGUGUCCAAGGAGUUGUGGGCCGGGGUUGGAUCAGCUCUGGCGUUCUUAGCUGGCCUCAUCACCUUGGCAGUGAACCAGGUCAGGAUCAAACUGUUUAUCAAUAAGAUCACCGCUUCCUUUAGCUCAACCGUACAAAUCACCAUCCCUGAGUACACAGCCAACCGUUUCGAACGCAAUGAGUUGUUCGUUGCGAUCGAGGCCUACAUCUCCUACAAUUGUAGCGAUCGGGCACGCAAGCUCAAGGCCGAGCUUGGCAGUGACGAACAGAAACCCCAUUUAUUUGUUGAUGACGAACAGGAGAUCAUUGACACCUUCGAAGGUACCACACUCUGUUGGUAUGCCUACACGGAGCAACCACGGUCCAGCGUCAUCGUCCAAACCCCCGGUGACGAGGAGCGCCGCUUCUACCGAGUUGCAUUCCAUCGCAGCUUCCGCGACGAAGUCAAUCGUUCGUAUCUGCCCCACGUCCUUAAAGUGGGCCGCACCGUCAUCGCCAACAACCGCCAGCGCCGCCUCUUCACCAACAACCCAGAUGGAGAGACUUACUGGAGCCAUGUGGCGUUCCAGCACCCGGCGACGUUCGAUACGCUUGCCAUGGACCCCAUGGAGAAGCAAGCCAUCAUCAACGACCUCAAUGCCUUCCGGAAAGGAAAGCAUUACUACGACAAGGUCGGUAAGGCAUGGAAGCGUGGGUACCUGCUCUUUGGCCCCCCCGGCACCGGAAAAUCCACGAUGAUCGCCGCCAUAUCCAACCACCUUGAGUAUGAUAUCUACGACCUCGAGCUCACGGCGGUCAAGAACAAUAUAGAGCUCCGGAAGCUCUUCAUUGAGACGAAGGGAAAGUCCAUCAUCGUCAUCGAGGACAUUGACUGCUCCGUCGACUUUACCGGCAAGCGCGGGGACAAGAAGUCCGGUGGUGAGAGCGAUAACAUGAAGAAAGAGCGCAAGCAGGACGCCGAUGGCACCAAGCUGACCCUUUCCGGGAUGCUCAACUUCAUUGAUGGGCUGUGGUCGGCGUGCGGCGGCGAGCGUAUCAUCAUCUUCACCACCAACCACAAGGACAAGCUGGACCCAGCGCUGAUCCGGCCAGGUAGGAUGGACAAGCAUAUCGAGAUGUCUUACUGUCGCUUCGAGGCCUUCAAGGUGCUGGCCAACAACUACCUGGACAUCACCAUCAGCGCCCACCAUUUCUUCGAGCUGUUCACGGAGAUAGGUAAGCUGCUGCAGGAGGUCGACAUGUCCCCGGCGGAGGUUGCCGGGUACCUGAUGCGCACGGAGGAGGAGGAUGCUGACGCAUGCCUCAAGCGCACGGAGGAGGAGGAUGCUGUCGCAUGCCUCAAGCGCACGGAGGACGAGUAUGCUGACGCGCGCCUCAAGCGUCUCGUGGAGGCUCUGAAAAAACGCCAAGGGCAACGCGGCCACGGAUAA